AGGAGCGACCUGCACUAAUAAAGCUCCCGGCCUGGCUUCUCUGCAUCUACCUUUCUCCGUCUUCCCCUCUGCCUUGCACAUCGCCACAAGGCAGAGAGGAAGGGAGGACGAAAGAAAGGAAGGGAGGGAGGAGUCCUGGGACCCCCCCUGCAACCCCCGCAAUGUCUGCCUUUCAGGACUUUGGGUACCUCUCGGAGCGCCGGAGGGCGGAGAGGCAGCAGAGGAGGCGGAAGCUCCUCAUGAUUGCCGGCGCGACCGUGUCCGUCGUGCUGAUCCUUGCGGUCGUCGGCGCCACCGCAUUUGUCUACUAUUCCAAGCAACCCAACCGGUCGACCACGACUACUACUGCUACUUCUUCUUCCAGCGGCUCUUCCUCCACUAAGGGGUCUCGCGCCUCAUCGGCCGUUCAGGUGAUAUGUUCACCGACUGACUACAGGAGCGCCUGCGAGUCGAGCCUGACGACGUACGCCAACUCCAGCUCGUCGCCCAAGGACCUCGUCAGGGCCGCCGUCUCCAGUCUCGUCGACGAGGUAGGCAAGGCCUUCAACCGGGUGGAUUCGAUCGAGUCCGACGACCCGGAGGUGAAGAGUGCAGUCGAUUCCUGCAAGGAGAUGCACCAGUACGCCGUGGAUGAGCUAGCGCGCACGUUGGGCACCAUCGAUGCACACAACCUGAACCAGCUUCCCAAGCAAGUCCAUGAGCUGAAGAAUUGGCUGAGCGCUGUCUCCGCAUACCAGCAGACGUGCAUCGACGGAUUCCCUGAUGGGGAAAUGAAAUCCAAGAUGCAGACUGCCAUGAACACGGCCAAGCAGUUGACGAGCAACGCUCUGGCCGUCGUCGGAAGCUUGCACUCCUUCCUGUCUCUCCACAUCCCUGGCCUCAAUCGCCGUCUCCUUGCGGCAAAGCCUGAACCGGCCUUUCGUGAAGACGGUGUUCCUUCGUGGGUUUCCGAUAGCGACCAUAGGAUUCUCCUGGGACGUGCGGCCAAGCAAUUAACGCCCAAUGUCACGGUCGCUAAGGAUGGAAGUGGAGAUUUCACCACCAUCUCCGAUGCACUUGCUAAAAUCCCAAUGAAAUAUGAAGGAAGGUAUGUAAUAUACGUCAAGGCGGGAGUGUACGAGGAGCAGGUGGUGGUCGAUAAGAACAUGAUAAACGUCACUAUGUAUGGUGAUGGUUCAAGGAAGACGAUUGUUACGGGAAGCAAGAACUUCGUUGACGGCACGAAAACCUUCCAAAGUGCAACAUUUGCUGCGAUCGGGGAUGGGUUCAUGGCCGUGGCCAUCGGGUUCCAGAACACGGCGGGCGCCAUCAAGCACCAGGCGGUGGCCCUCCGCGUCCAGUCCGACCGCGCCAUCUUCCUCAACUGCCGCAUGGAGGCCUACCAGGACACGCUCUACACCCACUCCCACCGCCAGUUCUACCGCGGCUGCCUCAUCCUCGGCACCGUCGACUUCAUCUUCGGCGACGCCGCCGCCGUGUUCCAGAACUGCAUCUUGACCGUCCGCCGCCCCCUCGACAACCAGCAGAACAUCGUCCUCGCCCAGGGCCGCGACAUCCGCCACGAGUCCACCGGCUACGUCAUCCACAACUGCCGCAUCGUCCCCGACGACAGCCUCGUCCCGGACGUCGCCAAGAUUUCCAGCUACCUCGGCCGCCCCUGGAAGGAGUUCUCCCACACCGUCAUCAUGGAGUCCGAUAUCGGUGACUUCAUCAGCCCCGACGGCUACAUGCCAUGGGAAGGCGACUUCGCCUUGAAGACAUUGUCCUACAAAGAGUACAACAACAAGGGUGGCGGCGCCGACACUUCCAAGCGGGUCAAGUGGCCGGGCGUCAAGGUCAUCAGCCGGGAUGAGGCCAAUACCUACACCACCCAAGCGUUCAUUCAGGGAGAUGAUUGGAUCACAAAAACAAACACCCCUGUUCGCUUGGGUCUCUUCGGUCAAUAAUCACAUAAAACAACUCUACGUUGCACCGCAUUUUAUGGUAUUUUUUUGAGAGAAGAUACGGAACAUGAUCAUUAUGCGAUGGGGAUAUGUAACGGAGCAUCUGCAUGAUCGUAUGUAUCGUUCGUUUCUUCUGCA